GCUCAGUCAGUGUGUCACGGUUUGCUGCACGGGUUAUUAUUGUGCCAGUGACGGCUGAGAGCAGGGGGAGAGGAUACAGGAUAUGACGUCACUGACAUAAGAUCGAGGAGGAUGAAGCUUCAUCUUAUCAGUUCGCCAGGUCUAAGGUGGCGUACGAAACUCUGGCGAAAGAGCUUCCCUGGUGCGGGUAUAUGGGGUGCCUGGGGGCAGGGUUACCCUACCCUGCAAUAUGAGUUUGGGGCGACUGGACAGAAGCCUUCAGUCUAAAUAUGCGGCAGGAUCAGUCAGCUGGCAGAGCAAUAGUAAGCCAGUGGUCCGGGUGAUUGGUAACGGAAUACUCUUUAGAUCCCGAGCAGUAUCCUCACGAGCUUCCAUACAUCAGUCUGGGUUUGAGUUGGGAGAUUUCUCGCUGCACCUGGAAAAUGUAGGAGAGCAGGAUGCAGGGAGAUACCAAGCGCUGGCACAAUAUGGAGACACCAAGCAAGAGUGCAUAGUCCUACUACACAUCAUUCAAGUCAAUCAGUCGCACCUUGGAGUUCUCCUCGAGAACAGCUCUGUAACUCUGACGUGUUCUGGAGUGAGUUCCUUGCAUAAUGCCCACCCUUUGCACUGGCUGCAUGGUGGCAACCCAGUCCUUCCAUCUAAUAAGUUCUUACAGUCAGAGAAUAGGCUGACUAUCCAAGGUCUAACUCAGGCUGAUCAAGGGGAAUGGAGCUGUGAGAUGGGUGGAGCAAAAGCUUCUCUGCAACUUACAGUACUCGGUCUUUCUGGCCCUGCCUUUCUCUCUUUGUAUGGUGCAGUUGGUGGCCAAGCUGAGCUUCCCUGUACCCUCAAUGAGACACCAAGAGAAGGACUGCUGAGAGUGCGGUGGCAUCACAACUCAAGGUCACUGGAUCUGAAGACACAGAUGUUGACUCUCAACCCAGUCAGUUCAGAAGAUGCUGGGAUAUACACAUGUGAUAUAACCUAUAAGGGUCAUGUAAUGAAAAGACAAAUACAGUUAAAGGUCAUUCAAGUCUACCCCCCAGGCCCAGCUUUUGUUAAAGAGGGCUCAGCUCUGCAAUUGCUGUGCAACGUCAGUGGAUCUGCUGGUGGGGAAACGUACAUAUGGACCGGACCCGACCCCACUGGCGGGCAGAGAUACAAGCAACAUGGAGCAGUGUUAAACUUGCCUGAGGUGCAAACGGGGGACAUGGGCGUGUGGAACUGCUCUGUGUAUGGAAAGCAAGGACUUGUGGGACAAAUUCAGUAUUUUCUCUAUGUGCAUGUUGCUCAGGUCUCAGCUUUUGCUGCCUACUUAUCAUGGCCAACAUAUGUCACCUUCCUGCUCAUCAUUCUGCUGGUUUUGGGACUCAUGAGUGCGAUCACUUGGCACAAUCGCAGGAGGCGUCUGCAACACCUACUGGCACGGACCACCAUAGACGUUCCUUCUGGGUCUUCACUUAAGAAGGUGGAAGUUUGAUUGAGCCACAAAGCAGAAAACCUCUUUCCUGUGGAUCGGGAAAUGUACACUGACUGCACAAGCGACUGAUACAGAGGAAAAUAACUUUAUUUGCCUUAAGGACUUACCUGUUAGGGGGCCACUAAUCAGAGUAAUGGAUCAGGUGCAGAGCAGGGACUUGCUGGUGCUUAGAAAAAGGAUCCGGCACUGACUCAGCUGUUGGCCAUUCUGUAUAAUUUUGUAUAAUAAAAUAUAUUUUAAUUUAAUUGUA